UACCUGUCACCGACAGGGACGAUAAAAUGCUGGUGCCUCAUAAGCCUGUCUACUGGCUUGCAGUCAUGGUUCUUGUUGUCUUCACACUUGGUCACUGUCAGGAGAAUGACAGUCGCCGUGCAGUGACCGAACACCAGCUGAUGCACGAUCGUGGCCGAACUAUUCAGAGCCUCAAGAGACUCAUCUGGUUGUCUAGCGCCAUCGAGGGUCUCCACACUGCCCAGACCCGCUCUGCUCUCUUCAACCCAACAAAGGCCAUCAACCUAGGUGUGAAUCCAGCCCUGGUCCCUGGGGCUGCGGGGAAGCCCCAGCCUGCCCAGGUGGAAAGCCAGCAUAGGGUUGCAAUGGACAGCCUCUUGAGAGACUUCUUUAAUCCCUACCUGACGUCACUGCCAGAGAGAGAGAAAUAG